CGAGGGACGGACACCUUUACUGCAGCUCUCCCCAGUCUCUCACCUGUCAGUCAACGUUGCGGAGCCUGUCUGCCUGCAAUUGAGUUUUGUUGUUUACCCUCUCCACCCCGACACUCGAUUCCCCCUACCUCAACAGUGGCUUCGCACAGCUAAGCUACUCCGCCCACCGUCCACGCAAUACACCCUUUGGUCAACUCGAAACGGUUUAUUCUAAAACAUGGCAUCCGACGCAGUUGCUAGCUCUGCCACCGAGGGCCUGACCCCGGCGCAGCAGCUGAUGGAACAGCACGCCAGCAACGAUCACCACGUCACCGUCGAGGACGUUGUUGACGAGGAGGACGUUGCCCACCCUCCCCCUUCGGCGCCCAAGGCCGAGACUCCCCUCAGCGACAAGGCUGCCGGCAAGCAGAAGGCCGAGGAGGCUGCCCCGGCGACCAAGAAGCCCGCCCUCAACACGCAGUCUGAAGAGGCCUUCCCAGCUCUUGGCCCCGUCAAGCCGCGUGGUCAAGCUCCUGUCCCUACCUGGGGCAAGAAGCCCGCCGCCGUCUCCAGUGCCAAUGGCAGCAAUGGCAACUCUGGUGCCGCGACUCCCUCUGGCCCUGCUAUCCGUGGUCCCGCUGUCGCCUCCAUGAACCUGCCCGGCAAGCACACCGAGCGCAUCUCCUUCUCCAUCUCGCAAUUGAUGCCGCGUGCUCAGCUCAAGAAGCCUGUCAGCGAGAUCAUCCGCGACAUCAACAAGCGCUCUAAGGCCAGGCUCGAGCAGAAGACUGGAACCCACGGCCAGAUCAUCUUCGAGGCUACCGGCCCCGUCGACGCCGUAAGGGAGUCUCUAAAGGAGAUUGCCAACGAGGUUGGAAGUAAGCAAUCUGUCGACGUUCCCGUCCCUGCAUCCGUCCGCGCCCACAUCAUCGGCCGUCAAGGAUCCAAGAUCCAGGAAAUCAGCAAGCGCACCGGCGCCCGCAUCCAGGUCCCCAAGGCGGAGGCCGGUGAGGAUGAGGACACCGUUGUCAACGUUCACAUCGAGGGCAAUGCUCUCACCGCCGAGAUGGCCCGCCGCGAAAUCGACGCUAUCGUCAACGAGCGCACAUCGACCGUGAACCUUCGUCUGAAGGACGUCCCCGCAGAGUUCUACGCCUUCCUCGCUGGUCCUCAGAACAAGCACGUUGAGAACCUGACGCGCGGCAAGGACAUCGACAUCAAGAUCCCCGAGUACUACACGUGGCAGACUCAGGCGCCUCCUCAGAACGCCCGCAACCAGCCCGGCAACUUUGUGCCCCAGGCCAACUUUCCCAUCCAGAUCUCUGGAGAACGUGUCGCUGCCCAGCAGGCACAGGCUGAGCUUGAGCGCCGUGUCCAGCAGCUUCGCCAGCGCUUGGCUGUUGACCAGCGCUCCGUUGACAAGGGCCGACACCAGUUCCUUGUUGGCGACCGGGGCAGCUCUCUUCAUGACUUCUUGGAGGAGACUGGCUGCACUCUGGUCCUGCCUCCGAACGCGGAAGACGAUGACUAUGUCUACGUUGUCGGGCCUCCUGACAGGAUUGAACAGGGUCUCGAGAAGCUCGACGACCUCUCUGCUGCCAUGCACAUGUCUGGUGCUGACCCGCUUCGUGAACACCGUGGCCCCAAGGCUGCUGAACACGCUUACAACCUCACUCGCUACCUGCGCCAGCGUCAGGCUCUUGCUGAGCUCGAGCGCCAGCACGAGGCCAGCAUUGUUGCGCCCAAGAACCGCAAUAGCGGAACCAACUACGAGAUCUACGCCCGCGAUGGCAAGAACAGCAUGAAGGCCAAGAACGACGUCAUGAGCAUCUUUGGUGCUCACCCUCCUAGCAGGUUUUCUACUCACCAGGUCGACCCCUUCUACCACGACUUCCUGCGUCAGAAGGCCGCUCCUCAGAUUCGUCAGGAUACUGGUGUACACAUUGUCUUCCCUGAUGAGGAGGAGGAGUCACCCGAGCUCAUCUUCGUGUACGAGAGCCACGAUCCGUAUGAGCAGUACUCCAUCCCACGUGGCAAGCCCCAGAAUGACGAGAUCAACGCCUACAAGAAGGCACUCCAGGAGGCCGCGGAACUCAUCAACCGCCUUACCAAGAACCAACCCUCGAUCACACUUCGUGACCUCGAGGCCAGCCAGAAGUUCCACAAGAAGAUUGAGCAGUUCGUCCGGGAAGAGCAGGAGGGCCUCGCUCAGGACCAGGCUCCUGUUCAGGUUCUGCUUGGCGGACGCCGACCUGACGCUGGUAACCGCUCGAAGGACAGCUUCGCUAUCCGUGGACCUUCCAACGCUGUUGACGACUUGAACGCCAAGAUACUGGCGUUCCUUGAGCAGGCUGAGAAGGACGAGCUCGAGCGUGGCCACAUUACCACCUUCGACUACCCCCAGAAAUACGCCAGCCACCUUGUUGGUAAGGGCGGUGAAAAUAUCCAGAAGCUGCGCCAGAAGUUCGAUGUUGAUGUUCAGAUUGACGACGGCAAGGUCACACUGAAAGGUCCUUCGCACAAAGCCGAGGCCUGCAAGAAGGAGAUCCUUAGCCAGGCUAAGAAGCUCGAGGAUGAGGCGACCCACAUUCUCAAGAUCAACCCGAACUACCACCGCGAACUCAUCGGCGCUGGAGGCAAGCAGGUUGAGCGUCUGCAGACACGCUACGGCGUCCGUGUCAACUUCCCCAAGAGGGCGAAGAAUGAUGAUGGCGAUGAUGCUGCGUCUAAGCAGAACGUCAAGGGUGGCCAGAAGGCCGACGAGGUCACCGUCCGUGGACCCAAGAAGGGUGCUGAUGAGGCUCGUGACGAGCUCCUCAGCCUUCUCCAGUACAUUGUCGACAACUCCAACACCGACACCAUCUCUGUCGCUGUCAACCAGAUCCCUCAGUUGAUCGGCUCUGGUGGUCGCGAGAUGGAGAACCUGCGUCUCACCACCGGUGCUCAGAUUGAUGUUCCUGGUGCUCGCGAGGGUGCUGACCCCGCUGGCCGUGCCGACAUCAAGAUCAAGGGUACCAAGCAACAAGUCCAGGAGGCCAAAAAGAUUCUCCAGGAACGCGUUAAGGUCUUUGAUGACACUGUCACCGAGACAAUCGACGUUGACCGCAAGCUCCAUCGCAACCUUAUCGGUGGUCAGGGUGCCAACAUCCGCCAGAUCGUCACCUCGGCUGGUGGGCCUGACAACUCUCGCGACCUUGCUCGCAUGGUCCGCUUCCCCAAGCAGGACACCGAUGGUGACUCCAGCACCAUCCGCAUUGAGGGCCCCAAGAGCGUCGUCGAGAAGAUCGUUGCCGCCAUCAAAUCCCAGGUUUCGGCUCUCGAGAACCAGGCUACCGAGAUCCUCGAAGUCUCUCCCGACAAGCACCGCCUGCUGAUCGGUCGCGGAGGUGAGACUCGCCGCUCGCUCGAGUCGCAGUUCAGCGUGCAGCUCGACAUCCCCAAGCAGACCACCCAAGGUGCUGCCCGCAGCCAAGUCAAGAUCACCGGCGAGCCAGCAGCCGUCGAGAAGGCCAAGUCGCACAUUCAGGAGCUCGUCAAGGGCCAGGAAGGCGAGACCAUCGAGGUCCCCCGCCACCUGCACCACGUCAUCUCCGACAACGGCCAGUUUUUCCGCCGCCUGCGCAACCAGCAGAAGAUCACCGUCGACCACGGCAACGCCCAGCCUCCGUCCAAGCCCGCUCAAAGCGAGGCUGGCAAGGCACGCAAGGGUGCCAACGGUGCCCUUCCCCUGAUCACCGACGACGCCACAACCGGCGCUGACGAGCACUCUUGGGAACUCAUCGACAACAACGCCGUCGAGGAGGGCACCGACACCAGCGCAACGAUCCCCUGGAUUCUGCGCGGUCCCGCAGAGAACAUUCCCAAGGCGCGCCAGCAGCUCGAGGAUGCCAUCAAGGCCGCGUCCAAGCCCAGCUCCACGGGCUACCUCAUUCUGCCGGACCCGCGCAGCUACCGCUUUGUAGUUGGAAGCGGUGGAAGCACGAUUAACGGGCUGAGGAAGGAGACCGGGACCAAGAUCCAGGUCCCCCGCGAUCAGGCAAAGAAUGAGGCGAUUGAGAUCACGGGCUCAAGGGAGGGGUGCGAGAAGGCUAGGGAGCUGAUUUUGGACAUCAUCGCCAAGGGCGGGAACGGUGGCCGUAGGCGCGACGAAUAGGCCCUGCGCUUUGGUUGAAGCUGUUUGAGAAGAGAAGAGAACAAUCGUCCAGUGGUGAUGUCUGCAAUGUGAUGGUCUUUUGGCAUGGGUGGAGCGAUUUUCUUUCAUGUAUGGUUUACGAGUCAACAAAAUGUUCGCAGUACGAAUAAAAGUUGAACCGA